CUCCGCUGGCGCUCUCUGCUCCUCCCCGUUCGACAGGUAGCCGCAUCUUCUGGUGCAGUGCCAGCCGCGUCCCCGAGACACGAUGGUGAAGGUCGGAGUGAACGGAUUUGGCCGUAUUGGGCGCCUGGUCACCAGGGCUGCUUUUAACUCUGGCAAAGUGGAUAUUGUCGCCAUCAAUGAUCCCUUCAUUGACCUCAACUACAUGGUCUACAUGUUCCAGUAUGAUUCCACCCAUGGUAAAUUCCACGGCACAGUCAAGGCUGAGAACGGGAAGCUUGUCAUCAAUGGAAAGUCCAUCUCCAUCUUCCAGGAGCGAGAUCCCGCCAACAUCAAAUGGGGUGAUGCUGGUGCUGAGUAUGUUGUGGAGUCCACUGGGGUCUUCACCACCAUGGAGAAAGCUGGGGCUCACUUGAAGGGCGGGGCCAAGAGGGUCAUCAUCUCUGCUCCCUCUGCCGAUGCCCCCAUGUUCGUGAUGGGUGUGAACCAUGAGAAGUAUGACAACUCUCUCAAGAUUGUCAGCAAUGCCUCCUGCACCACCAACUGCUUGGCCCCUCUGGCCAAGGUCAUCCAUGACAACUUCGGCAUCGUGGAGGGACUCAUGACCACCGUCCACGCCAUCACUGCCACCCAGAAGACCGUGGACGGCCCCUCUGGGAAGCUGUGGCGCGACGGCCGAGGGGCUGCCCAGAACAUCAUCCCUGCUUCCACUGGCGCUGCCAAGGCUGUGGGCAAGGUCAUCCCUGAGCUGAAUGGGAAGCUCACUGGCAUGGCCUUCCGUGUCCCCACCCCCAACGUGUCCGUCGUGGAUCUGACCUGCCGCCUGGAGAAAGCUGCCAAAUACGACGACAUCAAGAAGGUGGUGAAGCAGGCGUCAGAGGGCCCCCUCAAGGGCAUCCUGGGGUACACUGAGGACCAGGUUGUCUCCUGCGACUUUAACAGCGACACCCACUCCUCCACCUUCGAUGCCGGGGCUGGCAUUGCUCUCAACGACCACUUUGUCAAGCUCAUUUCCUGGUAUGACAAUGAAUUCGGCUAUAGCAACCGGGUGGUGGACCUUAUGGUCCACAUGGCCUCCAAGGAGUAAGAGCCCCCUGGACCACCAGCCCCAGCAAGAGCAAGAGGAAGAGAGAGGCCCUCAGCUGCUGGGGAGUCCCUGCCCCAACUUACCCCCAAAACACUGAGAAUCUUCCGACCUCCUCUGUUUCCAUCCCAGACCCCCUGAAGAAGGGGAGGGGCUUGGGGACCCCUACCUUGUCAUGUACCAUCAAUAAAGUAUACUGUAUCCAGCCAA